UGUGAGUGUGUGCGUGUAUAGUUAUAAAAAAAAAAAACACACACAACAGAGCCAUACUCUAGUUCUCACUUCCACUUCACCUGGCUCUUCUCACAGUAGUGCUUUUCCACUGCUAGUCAAUAGGAAUUCUGCAUUCUUCUGAAUUAAGUAUCUCGACAAUUAAAAGGCUGAUCCUCUCCACAACAACAAUGAACAUCUCAGAGGACGAGAUACCGGGCUUCUAUGGCAGUGACUCCCACCAAGAGAACAUUCUAUUUUCUACAUUUUACAUCCUGAUUUUCAUCAUGGCUGUGCCUGGGAAUGUCUUGGCGCUGUGGACCUUCUUUUGCCAAGAGAGCACGUCUCCAUUUAAGGUCUUCCUGAGGCACCUGUCUGUAGCAGACACCUCUUACGUUCUCAUUUUACCCAUGCGUAUAAUUUACCACCUGUCCAAUGGUUACUGGCCUUUCGGACAUGUCCUCUGUCAACUAGCAGGCUUCCUCUUUUACCUUAACAUGUACUGCAGCCUUUACUUAAUGAGUUUCAUCAGCCUGGACAGAUUUCUGGCUGUGGUUUUAGCCAUAAAAUCCCACACAGUGAGAAAGGCUAUGUAUGCAAAGAUUGCAGUUGGCAUACUUUGGGUGACAGUUAUUGUGUCUAUGAGUCCUAUACUUUUCUCUAAAAAGAAUGUGACCAACAACUCAACUGGCAUCUGCAACAAACUGUACCUAGAAAGGACAUCUCACAUGGCUUUAGUUUCCACUAUUGUGGCAUUUAUUAUUCCCCUCACCACCAUAGUGGUUUGCUACAUACUGAUUUUGCUGAAACUAAGGGCAAUCAAGCAACGGCCAGUGAAGGACAAAGCUAUAAGAAUGAUCAUCCUCGUUGUGAUGAACUUCCUGUUUGCAUUUGUGCCCUACCAUGUGAACAGGGUAAUCUACAUUGGAAGCCACGAUCAUAUGACUGCAGCAAGGCACGAGUCACUGGGUAUAGCCAAUCGGAUCACAUCUGCACUGACCUGUGUUAGUGGUGUACUGGAUCCUGUGAUGUAUUUCUUCCUGAACCGUUCAUACAAGGACAAAAUGCUUCAGCUGUUCUGUAAAAGAUGAAGAUGAUCAAUAAGCAACAAAUAUUUUGUAGAUA